UUGCAAGCAAUGUCUCCCUGGCUACACAUACCACAGAAUCAUUGAGGGAGAAUGUCGGCGGUUCUAUCGUGUGGCCACCAAUAUAAAGCAUGUGUGUGGGAUGCUGCUGAGUAUGAAAAGAUAUAUUGGGAGGAACGGUGUAGUGGAAUGGGCACUCUUUCACCUCCAGAUGCAGAUACAGAGCAGAAGAGAUCUGCUUUUCAAUAUCAGUAGCUUCUCAAAAAACAAUAUGAAAAAGGACUUUGAAAAGCUGAAGAGCUUGCUAUCUGUGUGUCCAAAGCAAAGGAGUCCAGAAAUUCUCCGACAGAUACAGUCUUGUCUAAAGAAGAACAGAGCAUUUCAGAGUCUUCCUGACAAGGUUCAGCUGGAACUCUGUAACCAUUUCCUCUACCAAGAAUAUGAAUCAAACACCUUAGUUAUUAAACGUGGACACGUACCAUGUGAGUGUUAUAUCGUAUUAUCUGGACGACUAGAGGCAACAGCAGAGGAGUCAAGUUUAAGGAAGCAAAGUUCAUCUUCUUCUACAUUAUAUGAAGUUGAAGAAGGAGAUUUUGUUGGGGAUAUUGGCCUUGUAACCAACGAAAGACUUGUAUCAUUUGUGUGCAAAUCAGACGUGGAACUACUGGUGAUUGACAAAGAGGCAUUCAAAGAGAUUCUCGCUGCAAAGGUGGAAGAAGAGUAUUAUGCCUCAUGUGACUUCCUAAGGAGUUUGUCAUUGUUUUCUUCAUGGCCUUCUGAGAAAUUAGAGCUUCUUGUUCACUGCUGUCUUCAAAGAAGUUACAGGGCUGGGACAACAGUUGUUGUGGAUAGCACCAAAUCCUCAUCCUUGGUCUUAGUAAAAUCUGGUAAAUGUCUGAUCGUGGUGCAUCUCACCCAGGAUAGGCUGUCAACUUAUAAGCCAACAAACUGCAUGUUGUUAAAUCGCCUUCCUACUGUGCCAUCUCUGCUUGAGAAAAGAGAAGGUUCUCCACUUCUUCCUUUUCAAAGGUCUAUUUUGCCAAGGACAUCCUAUUCAGCCUCCUUCAAAGCUCAUUCUGUUGAGAUGGAUAGGAGACCUCGGCCAAAGACUGCAGGACCAUCUACCUUCUCAUUAAGAGACAGGAGCAUUCAUUGUGAUUUAGACGGUGCAGACAAGAGGCUUGGUGACAAAGGAGGAUGCCACCAGCAUGACGUGAGCACAUUAUCAUCAGUUCGAUUUGUUACCGUUGGGACUUUGGAACGUGGAGGCAUCUUUGGACUGGCAGAAACAAUGUUCAGGUCCUCCAAUCUACACUACAGCCUGAUAAGUGAAGGAGCUGACUGCAUUUUUAUUCCAACAAAACUUUUCCUGGCUGAAGCACCUGAAAAGGCUAGACAGAUUGCGCAAGAGUUGGUGCACAGUUUCCCAACAGAGACAAAGAUCAGAGAAUGCUACGCCACCCUGCAAACUUGGAGGCUCUACAAGGAAAAUAUUAUUCGAAAGCCAUUAGGCAUGAAAUUUCCAAGAAAUAAGUGUUGA